GGAAGGUUCUCACUGUGAUUGACACACACCACUUGUGACUCCUUGACCCUAAAAGGACAAAUGGUGCAUGGACAUAGACCACCACCUUCCAAACCCCCGCUCGCAAAUGCAUAUACACUGUCCACCGUAGUGGAUCUUCCUUCUGGAACCUUCUGAAUGGGAGCUUCGAGAAUCUUGACCUCCAAGUAUAAAAAGACUGAAGCAGGCCUACUGCUUGACAGAUUCAACAGAACUGCAGAGAGCACAGCUCAACACACAAGACAAGAAAAUUAGAUUGUAUAGAGAACAUAUAGAAAACACUUGAAGAUGCCUGAGAAAGCUGCCCAGCCGAUGAUGGAAGAGGAGGUAGAAACAUUUGCCUUUCAGGCUGAGAUUGCUCAGCUGAUGUCUCUAAUCAUCAACACUUUCUACUCCAACAAGGAAAUCUUCCUCAGGGAGCUCAUCUCCAACUCCUCAGAUGCUUUGGACAAGAUCAGAUAUGAGAGUUUGACAGAUCCAAGUAAACUUGAGUCCUGCAAGGAUCUUAAGAUUGAUAUAAUUCCUGACCAGAAGAGCCGUACCCUGACCAUCAUUGAUACUGGCAUUGGCAUGACAAAGGCUGAUCUCAUCAACAAUCUGGGCACCAUUGCCAAGUCUGGAACAAAGGCCUUCAUGGAGGCUCUGCAGGCUGGAGCUGACAUCUCUAUGAUUGGGCAGUUUGGUGUGGGUUUUUACUCAGCAUACCUGGUAGCUGAGAAAGUCACAGUCAUCACCAAACACAACGAUGAUGAGCAGUAUAUCUGGGAGUCUGCAGCUGGGGGUUCCUUUACAGUGAGGCCUGACUAUGGUGACCCUCUUGGUCGUGGCACAAAGGUGAUUCUUCACCUGAAGGAAGACCAGUCUGAAUACACCGAAGAGAAGCGCAUCAAAGAAGUUGUUAAAAAACACUCUCAAUUCAUUGGCUAUCCAAUCACUCUCUUUAUUGAGAAGCAAAGAGAAAAGGAGGUGGACCUGGAUGAGGGCGAGAAGGAGGAGGAGGCAGCAGCGGGCGAGGAGAAAGACAAGCCUGAGAUUGAGGACGUGGGAUCUGAUGAGGACGAGGACAGCAAUGAUGGCAAAAACAAGAGGAAGAAGAAGAUCAAGGAAAAGUACAUUGAUGCCCAAGAGCUGAACAAGACUAAACCCAUCUGGACACGUAACCCUGAUGACAUCACCAAUGAGGAGUAUGGUGAAUUCUACAAAAGCCUUACCAAUGAUUGGGAGGAUCACCUAGCAGUAAAGCACUUCUCAGUAGAGGGCCAGUUGGAGUUCCGUGCUUUGCUGUUUGUCCCUAGAAGGGCAGCUUUUGACCUCUUUGAGAACAAAAAGAGGAAAAACAACAUCAAACUGUAUGUUCGCAGAGUCUUCAUUAUGGAUAACUGUGAGGAGCUAAUGCCUGAAUAUCUUAAUUUCAUAAAGGGAGUGGUUGACUCAGAGGAUUUGCCCCUAAACAUCUCCAGAGAGAUGCUGCAACAGAGCAAGAUCCUCAAAGUCAUCCGAAAGAAUUUGGUCAAGAAGUGCCUUGAGCUCUUCACUGAAAUAGCUGAGGACAAGGACAACUACAAAAAGUUCUACGAGCAGUUCUCCAAAAACAUCAAGCUUGGUAUCCAUGAGGAUUCUCAGAACCGCAAGAAGCUCUCUGAGCUUUUGCGGUACUAUACCUCCAGUUCUGCAGAUGAGAUGGUGUCUCUCAAGGACUAUGUGUCUCGGAUGAAGGACAACCAGAAGCACAUCUACUAUAUUACCGGUGAGACAAAAGAACAAGUAGCCAACUCAGCUUUUGUGGAACGUCUGCGCAAAGCAGGUCUUGAGGUGAUCUAUAUGAUUGAACCCAUCGAUGAGUACUGUGUUCAGCAGCUGAAAGAAUAUGAUGGAAAAAACCUGGUGUCAGUCACAAAGGAGGGUCUGGAGCUCCCUGAAGAUGAAGAGGAGAAGAAAAAGCAGGAAGAGCUAAAAACUACAUUUGAAAAUCUUUGUAAAAUCAUGAAGGACAUACUGGACAAAAAGAUUGAGAAGGUUGUUGUGUCAAAUCGCUUGGUUGCAUCCCCUUGCUGCAUUGUGACCAGUACAUAUGGCUGGACAGCCAACAUGGAGAGAAUAAUGAAGUCUCAAGCUCUAAGGGACAACUCUACCAUGGGAUACAUGACUGCCAAGAAGCACCUAGAGAUAAACCCUCUGCACCCUAUUAUCGAGACCCUUAGAGAGAAAGCAGAGGCGGACAAAAAUGACAAAGCUGUGAAAGACCUUGUGAUUUUACUAUUUGAGACUGCCCUAUUAUCUUCUGGGUUUACCUUGGAGGACCCACAAACACAUGCUAAUCGCAUCUACAGAAUGAUUAAACUUGGUCUUGGCAUUGAUGAUGACGAUUCAGCUGUUGAAGAUGUUAUUCGGCCGAGUGAGGAAGAUAUGCCUGUUCUUGAGGGUGACGACGACACUUCUAGAAUGGAGGAAGUUGAUUAAGAUUUUGAAUAGGCCAGCAAAUAGCACAAAAUGUAUUUAGUCCUUUUGAACCAUUUUUUUAAACUUUACUUUUUACCAUUCUAAUUAGUAGCAGUUAAUGCCUUAGUGCUAAUCAAUAUACAGAUGGCCUGUUGAUUUUCUGCUUUUUAAAUUUUACUUUUGUUUCAAUCAUUUUUGUGCUUGUUUGACAAUAAUCGGAAAAUAUAAUUGUCUGAUGUUUUUAACCAUAAAAACAAACGUAUUUAUAAUAAAAUAUUAUUUAUAAAAGA